AUGGCUGAUUACGAGAAGCAAUUGCUUGAAGACUUGGAUAGUUCAGAUGAUGAUGACGAUGCCCUUGUGAGCUCAAAAGAGGACUCCCUACAGCAGCUGUUGGCCGAUUUGGUUGCGUUCAAUGCAACUACGAGUCCGUUUCAAGUUGUACUAGAACACCCAGACAUUGAGUCCGUAACGGAGUAUUCGAGACUAUCUAAGGUUUACCCUUUGAUACCAAUGUUAAAGGCAAAAUUCGAGGAACAGUCAUUAGAUGACAGCAAGACUGAUUAUUUGGAGUUGUUAGCCGAGAUUGAUAACGAUGCAGAAUUCCAAUCUGAAGAGUACAGGUUUAUUGUGACUAUCAACGAAUUGUCGUCCAUCAUAAACAACGAAAUUCUUGCAUUUUCCAUGCUCUUGAAGAUGCAAUACAAGUUGGUGUUUCCAGAGUUAGAGAGUUUAGUACCCAACAACGUCGACUACGCAAGAAUAGUCUUGAUAAUCAAACAAGAUCUUGUCAAUAUUAAAAACUAUGAAACAGAGUUGAAAACAAUCAUGACCAACGACAAAAGUUUACUUCUUGUAAUAUCAGCAUUACAACAAGCACGGGGUGGAUUUAAGUUGUCGGAAGGGGAUUGGAACAAGAUUGUGUCAUGUGCUUUGUUAAUCCUUAAGUUGGAUGAGAUUCUACAACAAUUGUCAAAUUUUAUAUCAAGCAAGCUUGCCAAAUUUGCACCUAAUGUUGCGGCAAUCAUUGGGCCAGUCGCGUCAUCCCAAUUAUUAAUUGCAACGGGAUCUUUGAAACAACUUGCAUUGACGCCAGCAUGUAAUAUCCCAUCUUUAGGGAUUAGAGAUCUAGCGACGAGCACCAAAACUGCCUCAAGAAAUAUAAGGCAAACUGGUUACGUCUACCAUAGCGAUCUUGUCAAGUAUCUCCCACCAGAAAUCCAAAGAUCAGUAAUGCGAAUUAUUAGUGGCAAAGUGAUUUUAGCAGCAAGAAUUGACCUAGCUAAAUCCGCUCCUGAUGGAAAGUUAGGAGAGAAGUUUAAGUCCGAGAUAGAGACAAAGAUUGACAAGCUAUUAGCACCACCAGAGCAGGUACCAAAUAAGGCAUUACCGGCUCCCAUUGAAAUCAAGUCGAAAAAGAGAGGUGGCCGCAGGUUCCGCAAAAUGAAGGAACGGUUUCAAAUGUCGGAGUUGCGCAAGGCGCAAAACAAGAUGGAAUUUGGUAAACAAGAGGACACGAUUAUGGAUGAUUUUGGUGAAGAGAUUGGUCUUGGUAUGAGCCGGUCUGGUGGAGGCAAUAGAUUAGGGCAAAUACAGAUUAACAAGAAUACCGAUGCAAGAAUGUCAAAAGCAAUGGCCGAGCGGCUACAUAAGCAAAAAGUAGCUGCGAAUGUUGAGAAUUUUUGGGAUGAGGAUUUUGAUAGUAUUAUUUUGCUGAAACCGGUGAAGAAUACAACCCCAAAUGAGUCAGAGAGUAGAUGGUUAGGUACACUGAUGAAGAGCAAAGCUAAACUUGAGUCGAAUCCAGAGAAAAAACGAAAGUUGGAGUAG